UAUCUUCGAACGCCGCAGCAAUUCAACGACAAGCCCACGGAACCGCCUCUCUCCACCCUCCAAUCCCAAAUCAACCGCAAUCAUGCCCGGAGUUUCAGUCAAGGACAUCGAGUCCCACAAGUUUGUGGCCGCCUAUGCCGCCUUCUUGAAGCGCCAGGGAAAGCUUCCCAUUCCAGGCUGGGUUGACACUGUCAAGACAAGCCACUCCAACGAGCUUCCUCCCCAGGACAUUGACUGGUUCUACGUCCGCGCCGCCGCUGUCGCCCGCCACGUCUACAUGCGCAAGACCGUUGGUGUAGGCCGCCUCCGCAAGGUCCACGGCUCGACCAAGAACCGCGGUUCGCGCCCCUCCCACCACGUCGACGCCUCCGGCUCCGUCGACCGCAAGGUCAUGCAGGCUCUUGAGAAGAUCGGUGUGCUCGAGCAAGACGAGGACAAGGGUGGCCGUCGCAUCACACAGUCCGGUCAGCGUGAUUUGGACCGUAUUGCGCAAACCACCCUCGAGGCUGAGGAGGAGGAGGAUGACGAGUAGAUUAUCACCUUCUAUGCGGAAUAUGUGUAAAAGAAACGAGCUGUCUAGCAUUUGAUUGCGGGGCGGUUUUCACGGAUCCACCACGGUUUACGGCUUAUGGCGUUGAAAGACAUGAUUGAGUCGGGCCUGCUUUUAGCCUAGGACUUCCAAUGACACUGGGCUUGGGCCUCAAAAGCAACAUGAUACCCUCUACUUCGACAAUUGUGUGCAUUUUCCGAUUAUUACUGUGACUUCGCCAUAAAUAUACUCGCACACGACGCUGGAGUGUGAGCGAGUCUUGAGACCAUCCAAAAUAUAUCAUCGGACAAGUGCAAUCAUUCCGGCUCUACUAAGAAACAAGGCUUUCACAAGUCGCAUUGCACUCAGAUGCCAGGUGUAUACGAUAC